GCCUGGUGGAGAAUUAAGUUUGGCAGAGAAGAGUGGGUCAUUAUGACAGUUUAUGCUCCUGCUGAACCACGGGAGCGGCGCCUAUUUUUGGAAGAACUGCCUGCCAUAGUCCCACAAGGGGAGAAUUUGGUCCUGGCCGGAGACUUCAACUCGUGCUCACAGCGGGCCUAGACUCGCAAGUAGUAGGACCACGGAAAGCGGAUGCUAUUAUGCUGUCGGACUUCAUGGCGGAGCGCCGGUUAGAGGACUCUUACAGGACCACCCACCCCACUGAAUCUGGGUACACUUGGUUCUCCUCGCAAAGCAUAGGUGCUCAUCCGCCUCCUAAGCGCAGGCUGGACCUGGUGUUAACAGUCGGCGCUGCAUGGGAAGCCCUCACCACAAUCGAGAGCUCCAUCGAGUCUAUCUCAGAUCACAGGCCAGUGGUAGUCAGCUUUGAGCUGCCUGACCAGCUGGUCAGGGGACCAGGCACAUUCCGGCUGAAUGUGGAGCUGCUCAAGUCCCCGGACAUCAUACAAUGGGUGAAAGAGCACUGGGAGGGAUGGCACCACACAAGAGCAGACUUUGGUACGGAAGAGGACUGGCUGCAGAUGGGAUUCAGGGUGGUGACAAGGGCGCUGGAUGUUUUUUCGGGCAUUCAAGCACGAGGACGAAGGCACGAGGAACAUAAAUGGAGGGACAUUGUAGCAAAUGCAGAGGCGGAGCUAGACAAGAACCCACUCACAGAAUUAUACUGGACCAGAAUUUUGCCGCCAAGCUCAGUUGUGGUCCUGGACCAGGGGUUUGCCGCCAAGGGUCAUGAGUCUGAGACUAGAACAGAACUCUCAUUUCCCAUCACUGUGGGAACAUUCACGGCGAUUCACCUCGCAGAACCUCUGCGGGGUAAACUCAGCAAACUGUGGCGGGAAACGAACAUGGGGGCCCCAGUCAAAAAUGGAGUAGUUGACGAUCAUCAUGCCAUAAUGUCUGUGCCGGGAGAUGUGGUUGCCCCCCUGAAGGGGGUAAUCGUCACAAGGACGAAUGUUGGCGUCAAACCCACGGCCGGCAAGCAUGAUGUCAACAGUCACGGCGCUCGCAUUUUGGAGAACUGUGAAUUUCAGCAAUCGCCAGACCUGCCUCGAUUUCUGCCCACGGUAUGGGGACACCACAUGGGUCAGUUGAGAGGGGCCAAUUCCAGUGAGAUUUUGUUGGAGUUCAAGAGGUGCUUUGCCCUCGCAGGACCCACGGCGCUGGCCAACAUCUUAUGGUUCUCGAGAGUGGUCAUAUCUACCAUAUACCUUGGUCAUCUCGGAAACAACGAUCUCGCUGGGGCAGCCCUCGCUAUGGGGUUCUGCAACGCCACAGGCUACUCGCUAGUGAUGGGGUUGGCGACUGGGAUCGAUCCUAUAUGUGCGCAGGCGUACGGUGCUCGGAAGUACAAGCUGCUUCAGUUGACGAUGCAGCGCGCCAUAAUCAUGCUCCAAUGCGUGAGUGCAAUCAUCAUUGUGUUCCUCUGGCUCAAUGUGGAAAAGAUUCUUAUCCUAUGCGGACAAGACCCGGAAAUUGCUGCUUGGUGGACCUUAGAGAUCAUCACUAUUCUCGCCGGUCUGCUUCCUGACCCCAGCACUGCUGUGGCCGCAAUGUCCAUCUUGUUGAAUUGUGCGCUCAUGUUCGCGAUGACGCCUACGGCUGUCAGCCAAUCGGCAUCAACACGAGUUGGCAUUGAACUUGGCGCGAACUCGCCGCCAGCGGCCCAUCUUGCAGCGUACGUGGCUUGGUCCAUCUCCUUCGUCCUCGCUGGGACCUCUCUCACGUUUUUCUCGACAUGUGGUGCCCAUGUGGCACGCUUGUUUACUAACAUCGCCGCCGUACAGCUUCGUAUCCAGAAGGUCAUCCCACUGCUUGGGAUCGUGCAGCUCUUUUCCAUUCCCCAAUCUGUGGCCGCUGGCAUUCUGCGGGGUUGUGCUCGCCCUGACGCCUUGCUUGGUGUCAGCCUUGUGGCCUUUUACUUUAUUGGAUUGCCUUUAGCUGCCUACCUCGCUUUCGUCAUGCACAUGGGCGAUGCCGGCCUCUGGUGUGGUCUAAUUGCAGCAGAGGUUGUUGCUGCUCUUGCGAUUGCAUCUAUCAUCCUGCUCCUCGACUGGGGAACUGAGGCAAAGAGAGCGCAGCUGUUCGUAACAAAAUCUCAAUGUUCUGCCACCAUUCCUCAUGACGAUGAUCUGCAUGUGGACAGGGCGGACACAGGUAAGAAAGAUCCCACUAACGACUGCCGCCAGAAGUGGGCCGGGACCGAUUAUCACAAUAUCGCCGACCAGUCACUAACAGCUCCACUUCUGAAUGACGAAGAGGAAGACUCGACAUGCGAGAAUAGAAAACCAGCUGGAAACAGGUUAGACAUCCCACUAACUACUGCCACCAGAAGCGGGUCGGGACCGAUCAUCAUAAUAUCGCUGACCAUUUACUCACAGUUCCGCUUCUGAAUAACUAAGAGGAAGACUCGGCAUGCAAGGAUAGAGGGCAAACGAGCCUACGCAACAAAUGAAUUUAAAGUUU